CCAGCAAUAAACUACGACCAUGUAGUUGUCAUAUACGAAAUAUUAUGUUCAUAUCUAUACAAUUUAUUUAUAUUUAUUUCGUAGCUUGUUCGUGCUUUUAUAGUUUCCGAGUCUUAACGUUCAUAUGGACAUAUAUACGAUUAGGUUCCAUCUACCUGUAGAUCCAAAUAUUUAUUCGGAAGUAUUUUGAACAAGGAGCUACUUGGAUUCAUGUUCAGCAAGAUUAUGCAAUCACAGCAUAUUGAGAACUGUAUUACAUUUUGAGUUUACCCUUCAUGUGUAUCAAGACCUUGGGGAGUUAACAAUGUGACAAUGUAGCUACUUUUGUGGGCCGUGUUGAUUGUGGCAAUUGACAGGCUAAUUGAAUGCUAGUACAGACACUUUCGACGCCUAAUGGCCACUGGACUUGGGUCUGUAAGUGUGCCAGCAGGCAAGUAAAUAAACAUUUGUAUAUGUACAUGCCCUAAUCGUGAUACCAAUGUAAUUUGUGUUCAUGAGAAUCAGCCAUUAAAUUCGAUUCCACGAUGUCCACGACCCACACAACGGCCAGUGCAUUAGGAUAAUAGGCAGAGAUUACUCUGCUCCACUGCAAUUAGCUGGCGAACUUCGGGGCCAGGGAACAGCUGGCACUUUUCCACAGGCGGGUCGAAUGUCCAGCAGAUUUCGCCUUUGCCACCCUCUGAGACCUUCAGAGGUCUGUUUGGCUUUCAGUUGCCGCCGGAGAAUGAGGCCUCUAGUGGAUCUGGUCAGGACCUGCUUAGUCUACGGUUUGUGGUAAUCUUCUCUCUGGUAGCUCGGUUCCUGAAGCGCUGCCUGGACCUCAGUCACUCGCUGGUCAUGUAAAGUGGGAGAGCCAGAAGUUCGGUUUCGAGCAGAAGGAGGUGGGGCUACAGGGCCCGAUAUCUCUAAUCUAGCCCAAUGUUUAUCCAGCCAGGUAGGAGUGCGAGCCAUGUGUGUAUGGGGUAUGGUAGUUAAGUUUCAAGAACAUAUCGGACCGGCAAUCAAUAAUGGACUGCCUUAUCGGGCUCGCACCUUUCGCCAGGGAACCACGGCUAGUGCUACAGUGAAAACGGCCAACGACGAGUUGCAGAUACUUUUUUUAUAAGGAGCCGAAUUCGUUAUUUAUUUAGCGUUCUUAAGUAUUGUUAUAUACUCGUGAUUUGGUUUUAAUACAUUGCAUACUUCCUAAAUAUCGUAUCUUUCAUAUAUCUCAUCCACUUCAAAUGAGAUCCUGGGUUGUACAGAAGGGGGUUUGUUCCUCCCAUUUUUUCAAAGUGUAUAGGGAGGGCUCACUGUAGCUGCGAAGUACCUGGCGGUUGUUAUCUGGCCGAGUUGGGCACAUGUCGAUGGCUGUUCGAUCGACACGGUUGGUUUGUGGGCCGCGCGGCGCCCUCCUGCUGCUCCUCCUAGUCUUGCUUAGUGCCUUGGUGGUUCUUCAUAAGGUCACCCAGUCACCGCUCCUUAACCAGACGAAAAUCCUGCAGGAUCACUUAAGGGGCCAGCACGGGCGGUAUGUCCGAUCCACACGAACCAUUCUCCUUUGGACCGAUUUUUUUGGUGAUCCGCGAUGGAAGCUUUCCUGGGACACUCUGGGACCGCAGGAGCUGCGCGAUGAACUCCACUGUCCGGUCUACCAGUGCGAGAUCAGCAACCAGCACGCAUUCCUGCCCGCAGUGGAACUCUAUGACGCCAUUGUCUUCCAUGCGGCGGAGAUGUUUCCGCUCCUGCGCCCGGUGCCUCCUCAGAGAAGCCCCCACCAGGCCUACGUAUUCGCGUUGAUGGAACCGCCCGGGGAGACUAAGCAUCGACUGGACGACGAACAGGGGUUUUAUAACUUCACCAUGACUUAUCGAAUUGAUUCAGAUGUAUUUUGGCCCUACGGGCAGCUGCUGGACAUCGCAACCAACGCCGUGGUGGCGCCCAGUGUGAAACCGCAUUGGUGGAAACCUCCUGCCACUUUUAAUGACUCCCUGGUGUGGGACUUCUGGUCAGAAAAGACGAAAACGGCCGCCUGGUUUGUCUCGCAUUGCGAAACGUUGUCGAGAAGAGAGGUCUUGGCUAAAAGGCUUCAGGAAUUUUUUGACGUGGACAUCUACGGCAAAUGCGGAACACUCAGCUGCAUCCGGGGUGAUCCGCGCUGCGACGAAAUGUUGGACACCGACUAUUUUUUCUACCUGGCAUUCGAGAACUCGCUGUGCGACGACUACGUGACGGAGAAGCUUUUCGAUGCCCUCCAACGAACCGUAAUACCAGUGGUUUUCGGCGGAGCGGACUACUCGCGCAUCCUGCCCCCCCACUCGUACAUCGAUGCUAAUCGCUUCGAGACCGUGGAAGAGCUGGCCAAGUACAUGAGCUACGUGGCUGGGGAUCCGGAUUUGUAUGUUAGCUACUUCUGGUGGCGCCGCCACUACCGCUUGGUAUCCAGCUCUCCGUUUUGCGAACUUUGCGCACGGCUCCAUGCUCCCGCGUUUGGCCACAAAACGCAGUUCUACGACGACAUCCAGUCCUGGUGGUUCAACAGUUGCCGCUUGGAAAGCCGAAUACGUUUGUGAACUGUGCCCGGAUUAGAACAAGAUAGUUGCAACCAGCAGCACAGUCGAAUCGAAAGAGAGCGAGACGCACUUUGUAUCUCCCGCCCGCCAUCUGUUUGGGUUUACUCAUGUGAGGAAACAAACUCAGGUCGGAUUGGACCAAAAUGGGAGACGGUUGUCGGCUUAGGCAAAUAAGUAGGUAUUUUGUUGGGAAUUGGAUUGUUUGUAUUUAAAUAAGGAGUAUGAAUUAUUCUUAUUAGCAAAUAAAAUGUUUAAUGUGAAAUUCAAUUCUCGACCAAAAUAAACGUGGAGAUACAUUCAAUAUUGUAUCACUUAUAACCUUUUCAAGGCUCCCGGCUGAUCAAAUUUAAAA